ACUAUGAAGCCUUGCAUUCUGGUAGCAUCAUUGUUACAGAGUUGCACCGCGCAAACAAUCUCCACCAGCUGGACUUGCGAGGCCGGGUCUGACGUGACAUCAUUCCCUGCCUGCAACGAUUUUCUUAACUCCGGAAACGCUUGCGCGACUGUAUUAGAACGCCCAGGAAAGCAAGAAUGCCUCUGUAACCAAGAGUGUGAGAAUGAGCUACAGCUCUGCUUCCUGGGCAACCAGUUCGAAGGAACAUUUGACAGAGGCAUCGAGCUUUGGGAGAGUCUCUGCGGUAGCUAUGUUACCUUUUCUCCGACCACGCCCUCAGCCGAGCCAUACACUGAGUACCCUGAGGAGCUCUGUAUCGACGUAGAGAAGGCUUGCCAAACUGCCAGAAAUCUUCUUAGCGAUUGCCUACCGUAUACGUCUGAUAUAGAAACGUCAAGAUUGAGUUCUUGCGAGUGCCAACCGCGAUUGCUUCGGUUGGCAUACACUUGUCAAUACAUUGGGAACACUUCAUGUCUAGCCACGGAAGCCGCAACAUCCAAUGCUUGGGGGUACGCGACCUGUGAUAACUUCGCGUCAGUUAUUGGGAAAGAGCAUUCAGCACAGGAUAAACCCACCCUAACCGAGGUUAACGACCUACCAACCUUAUCUGCUAAGACGCGUGCUACAGUAACAAUAUCAGCAGCGCAAACUUCCACCAAGUCCUCUAGUAGUAGUCAGUCUGUACCUGAUAUGUAUUUAAUGCUGAGUGUUAUGACAUUUAUCGGGGUACUGGCUAA